CACCCAUCCAUCCGUCCAUCCGUCCAUCCAUCCAUCCAUGAGCCUCCGGGGCCGGCAGCCGGGGCCCUGGGCCGCCCUGGCCUCCACCCUGAUGCUCCUCCCAACAGUGCUCGGGUCUGCCGGGGAGGAAGACAGAGGCCUGCGUCUGCUCUGCCUUGACCUCCACACGGUGCUGGUGACCUGGGACCAUGGCGGCCAUGACAACCUCAGCCUCCACUACAGGUUUGACGAGGAGGCGGCCUGGGGCCCGUGCGGGGCGUACGCGGUGCGGGCCGGGCUCAGGUCGGGCUGCGCGCUGGGGGUUCGGGGCGACAUCCUGCACCUGACCCUGCGGGACGGGGGCCGGGCCCUCCUCAACCUCAGCCGCUACGUCGCUGACUUCCUGAAACCCGCGACCCUGCGCGACCUCCGCUUCCUGUGGAGCCCGGACGGCUCCCAGGUCACCGUGCGCUGCCCCGACCUCCGCUACCGCGGCCUCAGCUACCAAGUGCAGCACCGCGCGGCCCGCGACCCCGCCUGGCAGACCCACGAGGAGACCACGUGCGUGGUGACGGUCGCCGGCCUGGAUCCCGGGCUCUGCCUCAGUUUCCGUGCCCGCGCCGCCCCGCGCCCGGCCGUCUACGGCCCCGAGGCCCAGCCGGGGGACUGGACUCGAGAGACGCACUGGACGGAGCACUGUGAGCCGAGCCCGGCCUCCGUCCCGGCCCUGGGCCUGGCGCUGCCCUGCGGCCUGGCCGCCAGCCUGCUGCUGCUGCUGUGCGCGUGGAGGCUGAGCAGGGUGAAGCAAAGACUCCUCCCCUGGGUGCCCGACCCCCGGGGCAGCUUCCCCGGGUUGUUCGAGACCCACCAUGGCCACUUCCAGGAGUGGAUCUUGCACACCCAGGCCGUGACCCCGCCCAGGGCCACCGAACCCACUGAGGCCCACGAGGUGCUGGAAGUGCGGCCAGGCCCAGAGAAUUCCUACACACACAGCUGCGGUCCCAUCGCCCACGCCCACCUGUCUCCAGCGCCAUGAGGAAAAGGCCUCCCUCUUUGCCUCGACUUACCCACCCUUUGAUGAUGACCCUCUACUCCAGCCCAGCCAGAAUGGGGGCGGGCAGUCCUG